CUUCAUUUCAUGUGGUUUUCCAGAGGAUUUCAGUAAAUAUGGAAGAAUCUGAGGCAUGGAGCGAUUUGUGCGGUCUCGAGCCAGAAAAAUCUGAAAAACGUAAAUUGUGUCUUCAAUGCGAACGUCCCUUGAAUGCCUGUUGGUGCUCUGCCUUGCCGAAAGUUCCUUUGACGCCCCGCAACCGCAUCGUCUUGCUCCAACAUCCGGCAGAGGAGAAACGUUGCCUGCGAACCGCUCCCAUGCUCAAACUCGGACUCGCCGAAGGAAAAUGUCUCAUCUACAAAGGAAAACGUUUUCUCGACUGGAAAAUUGACGACGAACUCAAGGAGAUUUUCGAAUCGGAAAAUUCACUUUUGCUCUAUCCGAGUCGCGAUUCCAUCGACAUUGCGAACAUUCCAAAGGACAAAGGCCCCUACAACAUAUUGAUUCUCGAUGGCACAUGGCAACAGGCAAAAGCAAUUUACAGUAACAAUCCGCAACUACACAAAUUGCAGCCAAUCAAGUUGAUUCCACGCGGAAAUAGUAGUUACAUUAUUCGAACGCAACCACACGAAAAGUGUCUCUCGACGUUCGAAAGUGCCAUUGAAGCGUUGGCAAUUCUCGAAGACAACGAGCAAUAUCGCGAGGAUCUCGUCAAGCCACUAAAUCACUUGUGUCAGGUGCAGUUGGAGAAUGGCGCGGUGCCGCAUCAGUCUAAAGUCGAGAGAAUCAAGAAAAAUGAAUAUCCGAAGGCAAUUGGGAAAAAAAUGAAUAAAUUAUUGAGACGAGCGGCAGAACAUGUCACAGACAAUAUAUCGACGGGACACGAUGAAAGAUGAUAAAUUUUAAGAAAAAUUAAAAAAUGACAAAUAUUGCAAAUUUAAGGUUAAGAACAGCUCAAUAGUACUUACAAAAAAAAAAUAAUAUUUAAAAAUAUUUACCGCAAAUGACCAAAAUGUGAUCGAAAAUCGCGAUAAUGUAAGAAAAAGUGCAUUAUAAAUAAUAUUAAUAAUAAUAUUACACUUGAAAUGUAAUUAAAAAUGAUGUUUACCUUAAAUGUACAUUAGAAAAAUGUAUAAAUGUUAAAUAUUAACUCCAAUAAAAAUUAUAAUAAAAUUCCUUCAA